AUUUGCUAUUAAAAAAAAAGACUGACAUGGAGCAGUUUGGUAAGAAAAGGAAAUAUGAUGGGAAAGCGGACUUUGCUAAGAAACAGAGAAUCCAUGAAAAAAUCCUGUCCGAAGCACCUCAAGCCAUUAAUGUAGUUGAAUAUGCAAAGUGUAGGGCUGCAGAGUUGCAGCUUCUAGAUGCUGCCACCAAACAGAGAAAGGUUUCCCAAGCUGUAAAUGGACUGAUGUCUAUUUCCAUGCGGCGGAGAGCAAUGAGUCACAACAUUAAAAGGUUGCCUCACAGAGUGAGAGAGAUGGUGACAAUAAAGGCUAAUAAACACAAAAAACCAAGUAGAAGGCAUCGAAGACGACCUAAAAACUUGCUGCAGGAGUAUGUUCGACGCCAGAAAACCAAAGUUUGGCUUGAAACUCACAUUUGGCAUGCAAAACGAUUCAAAAUGGUAGAAAAAUGGGGUUACAGAAUUCCUUACCAACCAACAGAUAAAAGUUCUCGAGCAUCUUACAGGGCAACUCAACAUCAUUGUCAAAUGAUAGAUGUUUCCUAUAUGUGCUGUAUAGAAGUUCAAGGAAAUGAAGAAUAUAUUCUCAGUGGCGUCUCUCGUCUGUGUAAUUCACAAACUGGACUAACCUUUGGAGCCAAGCUGUAUUUGGAAGGAACCAGAGAGGGUAGCUGUGUAUUGUACAAACAAGGUCAGUAUCCUUUGGGUGCCAUUGGCCCAGUCACUUUCUUUUGGAGACCCACGUCUGAAUCACACCCUCUUCGUCAGCUAUGGAUUUGGUGUCAUCCUGCUUCCUAUAAUGAACUGUGGCAGGAAUUAGAGGCUAGUUUUUCCCAUACAGAAGACUGUGCAGCACAGGAUGUUUCUGUAGAAGUCAGUUGUCCAGUUGAUGAAAUGGGAAAAGGGAAAAAUGUAUCAGAACUUAAGGAUAAAUCUCCUGUAAACAAUAAUUCUGAAAAACAAGAGAUUCAAACUGGAAAGAAGGAUGGGGAGGAGAUAAAGAAAACAGAUGAUAAUUGUAGGACAUUUAGUGAAUACAAGGGUAAGGGGAAGCAACAAAAAGGUAAAAAGGAAACGACUCAGAAACCAACUGAGGAGCAAGUAAUAAAGGUAGUGAACAGAAAAUCUCAGAUUGGGAAGAUCUUGAUGACCUCUUUGAAAGACAGACUUGUGAGACAUCGCUAUAUUGGACCAGAGUCCCAGAAAGUUCUGGAACAAACUCUCCAGAUAGCAGAUAUCAUGUUCAACAAAAGUGAACCAUCUCACUGGUGGAAACAGUACUUCCAGGACCAAAAGCACUCUCUGGGCUUUAACCAGCAGAGGGAAUUCUGGGAAGGAGUGUGUCAUUGUCAGUCUGCUGCAGAGUUGUCCCCCCAUAGUGUUAUUGGUCUGGCUGUCAGAGAUCCUAGAGUCAUCAAAGCAAAGAAAUGGAAUGAUUUGGCAAAUAAAGAAACUUCAGAGCCCAUGGUGUCUGAUGAUACAGGAGCCAAUGCACUGAAGAUCAGCCAGGACAUCUCCUCUUCGCCCUUAUGGGAGGAAGAAAUCAGGAAGACAGUGAUUUCAACAAAAAUGUCAGACUUUGAAAUCAAUCAGCUGAAAUCAGAACAUAUUGUUCCAGGGACAGAGUUAAUACUAGGGGAAGAUGAAAGUAGGAUUCCUGUUCUUCUCAUUCAGAAAGAAGGAAUCAAUCCCACAGACAUGAACCACAGUCACUAUGGGAGUGGAUGGGAUCUAGUCCUUCCUGCAGGAUGGAGCAUGGCAUUCUGGAUAGCCAGUAUCUAUCAUGGGGCAAGAGCAGGAGGUUUGCGUGAAUUACAAUGCCUGGCCAAUGAACAACAGGGUGAACACUUUCCAGAAGAUUUCCCAGAUACAGCAGCAGGACAAGCAGAAGAAAACAGGAUAAAGAGUGAAAAAGAGGCUGAGCAUAGCAGACGACCUCCUGCCAAAAGACCAAACUUCACCAAGUUAGGUGUGGUUCACCCAUUCAGUUGGGCAUGGAAUGAACUGGUUGAUGAGAAAGAUGAUAGCAAGGAUUUUUAUGUGUUAAGAGAAAAAAAUGAUCUCAAAACCUUGAGGAAAGUAUUUAAUAUUGCUUCUGGGAAAAACAAGAAAUGUUUGAAAGAUAGAAUUGAUGAGGAAUCGCAUGCCUCCUUCAAAGACAUCAUUAGUAGACACAAACAAUCAUUGGUUUACGUCAAAAUAGCGAUGAAUUCCAAAGGCUGUCCUGAAGAAAUGGGAACUAUCUCCAUACCAACAAAGGAAGAUGUCAAUAGAAUGAAAGCUGACGGGUUUUUUGUUGGACCAAUUAAACUUCAACAAACAGACCCUCAGCAAGAGGAAAAGAAAGAGAAAAGAAGAAAAGCGAAACUAUUUAAGAAAGGUAUCUUAAAUCUACCACCAAAAAAGACACCAGAGAUUAAAGCAGACAACUUGGAGAGUGUAGAUGAUGGUGAUAGGGAAGUCAUUGGGUAUAUUAAGCAUGGUGGAUUUUCAUUAAGCAGUGGGCAGGGAGCUGGGAAGGGAUUCUGUUCCCUGCUAGGUUUAGAAAAACUACAUCAAUCUCUACCUUAUCAGCGGAAUCUUGUUUUAAUUAGAAAUCCCCGAACACUGCAGUACAGAUUUGCUCAGAUAUCCGUGUAACAGAUAUACAGUUUACAGUUGUGAUAACUUGAGAUACCAUUAGGACUGUGUUCGUUGUUAUUAAAACCUGUUGUUUAUUGUUGUUCAUGAAUUAAAAUCAUCAUCAUCAGAAUCUUGUAAGUUUUGGUACUCUUUAUAGAAAUGCACAGAAAAUCUAUAUAAAAUGUUCUUUAUUAUAUUUUUUUUUACACCAGUGAUCCUUUAUGAGUGGCCUAAGAAUUGACCAGCACUGCUUAUUUGAUAAACUGACUAAUGGUGAUGUUACAUGUUCAGUCAGAUUCUCAAUAAAUAUCAAAAGAAAUAAAUCA